CGCUCCAAUCCGACGGUGAGUUCGCGCGCUGCCUCGCGCCCGGCGCGGUGAAAAAAAACCUCCACGGGCGCAGGUGUCAUGUGAAACGCCGCAUGCUCGCUGUGACCGGGGCUGAGAGCGUGUGUGUGUGCGCGCGCGAGUGUGUGUGUGCGAGUGUGUGUGUGUUGGGGAAAUGGUUCUCUCCUCUGACCACUGACACCGGCGAAAACUUUCCAUCCGGGGAUCUUAGCUUUGCCGCUCCGUCUUUUUUUUCGUCCUACUUGUUUUAUUAGCCACGUCUUAAUGUGUGUGUGAGUGUGUGUGUGUGUGUGUGUGUGUGUGUGAAAGAGAGUUUCUUCAUGCCUGCCGCGUCCUGGAGCGAGUCGCCACCACUAUGCGAGCCCAAAUCGAAGUUAUACCAUGCAAAAUCUGUGGAGACAAGUCCUCAGGGAUCCAUUAUGGGGUCAUCACGUGUGAAGGUUGUAAGGGUUUUUUCAGGAGAAGUCAACAGAACAACGCCUCAUACUCGUGCCCUCGGCAGCGCAACUGCCUGAUUGAUAGAACCAACCGAAACCGCUGCCAGCACUGCCGCCUGCAAAAGUGUCUGGCUCUGGGCAUGUCCCGGGAUGCGGUCAAGUUCGGCCGCAUGUCGAAAAAGCAGCGUGACUCGCUGUAUGCUGAGGUACAAAAACACCAGCAGAGGCUUCAGGAACAGCGCCAGCAGCAGACGGCCGAUGUGUACUCAUCCAGCCUGAGCACUCUUGGACACGACUUGGCCGGUGCCUACACCAAUGGACACGUUAUUGACAUGGCCAAGACGCAUGCCAACGGCACACCGGCUGCCUACUACAGCAUGGACUCCACUCAGCCGAGCCCUGACCAGUCCGGACUGGACAUGGCAGGCAUGAAGCCCAUCAAACAGGAGCCUGUGUACGACCUGACACCCGUGCCUGACCUUUUUCCCUACAACUCGUACCAGGACAGCCAGCUAGCCCCUGGAGUGCCCAUGGGGGAGCUCGACCGAAUUGCACAGAAUAUUAUCAAGUCACAUCUGGAGACAUGCCAGUACACGGGCGAGGAGCUGCAGCAGUUGUCCUGGCAGACCCACUCGUACGAGGAGGUCAAAAUGUACCAAAGCAAGUCACGGGAGGCGCUGUGGCAGCAGUGUGCAAUUCAGAUCACUCAUGCCAUUCAGUACGUGGUGGAGUUCGCCAAGCGCAUCACAGGAUUCAUGGAGCUCUGUCAGAAUGACCAGAUCCUGCUGCUCAAAUCAGGUUGUCUGGAGGUGGUGCUGGUAAGAAUGUGCAGAGCCUUUAACCCUCUUAACAACACUGUUCUGUUCGAGGGCAAAUACGGCAGCAUUCAGAUAUUCAAAGCGCUCGGCUGCGACGAUCUGGUCGGCGCCAUGUUCGACUUUGCCAAGAGUCUGUGCUCUCUGCAGCUGACCGAAGAGGAGAUCGCACUGUUCUCUGCAGCCGUCCUCAUCUCCACAGAUCGGCCCUGGUUAAUGGAACCAAGGAAAGUCCAGAAGCUUCAAGAGAAAAUCUACUUGGCUCUCCAGCACAUUAUGCAAAAGAACCACAUAGAUGAGGACGCACUCACAAAGCUGAUCAGUCGAAUCCCCACACUAGCAGCACUGUGCACCCUCCACACAGAGGAGCUUCAGGCUUUCCAGCAGUUACACCCCGAAACGGUUAACAUGCUCUUCCCUCCGCUCUACAAAGAGCUUUUCAACCCCGAUGCGGCCGGCGUCAUGUCCAAGUGACAAACAUUGUUUUAUAGGAAGGGCUGGGCAUGAGGGGAUGAAGGGUAAACUUCCAGGUAGUCAAGUCACUGAUCCCGAAAAGGUGGAGCUACCCAUGACACGCGGCGAUGUUUAACGUCCAGACUGCUGAGGCGACAACAUGAUGAGAAAAACAUCAGGAACGUCCAGCACUGCGAAACUUUCACCGAUUCAGUCAAACGAAUGUACAUAUACAUGCCUGUUAGUGAGGAUCCGAGCAGAAAUGUACAGACUUUAGAGCAAUCAUUUUAAAAAGCUGUCAUUUAUAUGGGUAAGUCUUUUUUUGUCUUUACUUUUUUCUUAGUUUUCAUUGUGAUAUGAAAACAGGGGUGGGGGCAAGGGUCAGACCAAGAGGAGCACAUAGUAAUUCCCUUAGUUCUGAUAUAUUCCAGUAUUAAACCACAUUCUGUUUAUGUUCUAGUCAUAAUUUAUAAGCGGGAACAACAGGCGUUAUCUUUUUUUUCUUGUUUAGUUUGUUUUGGAGUAUUCACAUGUACAUAAUUGGAGUAUAGUAAAACUAUACCAGAGACGAUUUCACUUUUUGGGUACAUUUAAAAAUAAAUAAAUAAAAAAGCCUUGUCUGGGCCAUGUAGAUAUGUAUAGAUGGUACAACAAUGUUUUCGAAACGACGUAAAUGUAAAUGAUUUUCUAAGAGAAAAACAAUAAUUGCUAAUUGAUCUUUUUUCCAUAAGAAGUUAUAGAGAUAUAUAUCUAUAUAUCUAUAUUUUGCAAAGGCUUAUGGUUGAUCGUCACGUCAUCAGUCAACGCUGCAAUAAAUGUCCAUUAGCACUAGUGAUUCAGUCGAAAUUCCGUUUAUGAAAGGCGUAUGAUUUUUUUUUUUUCCCUCUGAGGCGCAAGAAAACACUAAAUUGGGAUGUUAUGCUGGUCCUCCAUCACAUGUAAGGCUGCUUUAACCUUUGUAAAAGUUCCCUUUAAAGAUGCACUGCGGUGUUCUCCCACAAAUGAUGCCCAAACUGUGAGCGAUUUCAAUAAAAAAACUAAAAUUGUCCAAUUUAAGUUUAAAACAAUUCUCAAAUUAAACACUAGGUGUCACUGUUGACACCUGAUCUCAGACAUAAAUGUAGGACUUCUUUUGCAUGAGGAAACACCAAAACACAAAUACAAGCAGACCAAUAUGACCAAAAGGUCUCUAUAAUCUGUUUAAUAUAAACCUUAUCUCAAAGUAUUACAUCACAAAUGCUAUCAGGAGACAACCAAAAGUAUACUAUUGCCUUCUGUAUUAACAUUCUCAACUGGCUAACUAGCUGUCUAUGUGCUAGUACCCCACCAGUUAGGGUUUCAGUCAACCAAAUCAGAAGACUGGGUGACCCCUGGGUCUUUAACUUGCCCAGUAGUCUAGAUAAUGGCUUUAAUAUUUUAUAAUUUGUCCUACAAUUAGAUUUCCAACCACCAAGUGCACCAAAUGUCUCAGGCUCUCAAUGGACGUUUUGCCAAUCAAACGGUGUAAUGAAGGACAAAUGAUACCUGUAAAAACCUUUACACAAGUUUAUCCACACAGCUUAAGGUUGACACAGGCCAAUUACGCUGUGAAUUACAAUUAAAAUGACAGUGAUGCAGAUCAAUAAAUAAUUUCAUUAAUUUUGUAUUAUUGCGUUAUUAUUUUAGUCAAAUUCGGACCCACGUUGUCGAGGAAAAUCUGAAACAUAGGUGUAAAUAAUGGAUGCCUUUUAAAAAAAAAAAAAAAAAAAAAAGGGCUCCAUAGAUAAAUAUGUAGUAGCCAUAUGUAAUCGGAUUGAUUCGAUUAGAUUGAUUGGAUUAAAAUUGUACUAGAAAAUGGAGCUGAAUGAAUAAUGAAUAAUCCAUUUAUACGGGGGGGGAAAAAUUCCACCAUCUUGACUUGCAGUGACAGUGACAGCUUUGGAAACCUCAUUAUUUUAAACGAAAACCAAACACCAUGUUUUCUUUCAAACGAUAUUCUGUAAAUCUGGUCAUCCACUGGAGUGGCAAUAUUGUAGCUCUGACAAUCAUGUACUGUAGCUUUUCUAUUAUUCUAGUACUACAAAACUGAGAGGGUCCAUGUUGUCCUAUUUUUCUCAGGCAAAAAUGCAAUUUUACAACAACCACCCAUUUAUUCAAAGUAUAUCUCAUCAGAUCAUCAGGAAAUAUAAAGAAAAAAAAAAAGGAAUCUCGCAGCACUCAAUGGCAAUUCCAUCUUUUCCCCACAUAUACAGUCAGGUUUAACCUGAGGCAAACCGAAAAGCCAUAACAUUUCCAAUAAUUUCAAAUAAUUAUCCAGGUUGUGUUUUGCUAUUCGGUUCAAUCUGUUUUCCGAACAGGCCACAAAGCCAUAGUAUCGAUUUUCCAGGUUUUGGCGUCUGAAACUCUGCUCUGUUCACACCAUAAGCAGAUACUAGAGAACUAGUGCGUCGUGCAAUCAGCAAAUCUUGAUUAUAAAAAAAGAUAUGAAGGACUGAGGAUAAGAAAGCACUUAUAUGAAGGCGAUACACAUUGAAGUGCUGAGUGUGUAUGUAUAUACAGUACGGUAUCUUACAAAAGUGAGUGCACCCCUCACAUUUCAGCAAUGAUUUUAGCAUAUAUUCAUAAGGGACAAUACUAUAAAAAAAUGAAUCCUGGGUAUAAUUUAGAGUAGUCAAAGUGUCAAUAUUUUGUGUAAAGCACCAUUGUUAUCUAGCACUGCCUUAAUCCUCCUGGGCAUGGAAUUCACCAGAUUUGCACCAGUUGUUGCUGGUACCCUCUUUCACUCCUCCAUAAUGACAUCACGGAGCUGCUGGACGUUAGACACAUGGCGCUUCACCACCUUCCGCUUGAGGAUCACCACAGGCGCUCAGUAGGGUUGAGCUGGAUAGGUCUGGAGACGUACUUGUCCAUUCCAUCAGACUUCAGCAAGGCAGUUGUCAACUUGGCGGUGUGUUUGGGGUUGUUAUUAUGUUGGAAAACUGUUGUUCGACCCAGUUUCUAAAGGGAAGGCAUCAUUUUCUGCUUCAGAAUGUCACAGAACAUGUUGGAAUUUAUUUUUCCUCAUUGAACCACAGCUCCCCAGUACCAGCAGCACUCAUGCAGCCCCAGACCAUGAUUCUACCACCACUCUGGACACCAUUUGAGCCAAACAAGUUUAUCUUAGUCUCAUUAGACCACAGGACAUGGUUCCAGUAAUUAAUGCUCUUGGACAGGUAUAUUGACAAUAAUGGCUGAACGUAGAGUUAUUUUCAGAAGCUAUACAAUCUGCACAUUGACUACACUAAAAUGUAUCCAAGUUUCAUUUCUAUAGAAUUGUCCCUUUAGAAGAUAGACUAAAACGACUGCUGAAAUGUGAGGGGUGCACUAAUUUUUCACUGUGAGAUGCUGUAUUUAUACAUGAUACACACACACACACACACACACACACACACCACUAACAACUUCUGAAACGUCCUGCAUUAGAUAGCAGGGGGGGUUUAUUUUCCUUAAAAACAAUUGAAGACAAUCAACUUCCGGGUGCAGCAGCAAAGCAUCCAUCUCAGGGACUAAACCUUUUGUUAGUUUCAAUAAAAAAAAAACUCCUAUUUAAAAAAAAAAAAAAAGAAAAAAAAAGAAGAAAAAAAAAGGGAAAAAUUUCGGAGACACACAAAAACAAAAUAAAAAUCAUUAUAAUCUUUAAAAUUUCUGAAAUAUUACCUGCAAUGAGAACUACCCAGACAAGGCUUUGGUGUGUUUGUCUAUAUGCAUACUGCUGACAGGUUUAAUAAUUAUUAGGCCCUACUCGUGAAAGGCCUGCAGGCCUGUAAAUACUGAUAAAUGUGAUUAAAAAAAUAGAAUACUGUUUUAUUAUUAUUGUUUUUCCUACGAUCUUGAUGUAAAUUAGUUUAUUUAUAGAAUGUAUGAUUAUGCUGAAUAAGCUCCAGAUCCUUUUCCGUGCUCAAUAAAUGUGGCGACGAAAGUUUUUUUUUUAAUUAUUAUUAUUAUAAUAUAUAUAUAUAUUUCACGGUUUGAGACUGUGGACUGUAGGUGAGGACUGCAAGCGAUCACACUGUUUUAGGUAACUGUAGCAAUAACCGGACAAUUACUGACUUUCUGUCCAAUUUUGCAUUGUAAGAUUCUUUUUUUAUUAUUAUAAUAAUUAUUAUUAUUUUGUUAUGAUCCUGAUUUUGAUAUUCUAUUAACUCCUGUAGCCUGUUGUUCAGUUGUCCUUGCAUGCUGUUUCACGGCGAUGGGACAGGAAAAAAAAAAUUGGGGUAUAUGUUUGUUUGGUCACGUGAUACUGUCUGGGUGAGGGGUGUGCGUUUUUUUGUUGUUGUGAUUGUUCUGUAGUAAGAUUGAAUACGUUACCCUGCUCAGUGUACUGUCACGCACACAUGAACUGAAGAGCACAACAGGCACUUGUGUACGUUUAUGAAGGAUUUUUUUUUUCUUUAAUGAAUUGUAGUGUACACCAGGGGCCGGUUCUUCGUACGUGGAUUAGCUACUUAGCUGGAUUUUAUGGCUGACAAUUUGACAUGAUCCAGGAUUGUUUGGGAGCUCAUCCUGAAGUUAUCAUAGCAACAAGACCUUUGAGCAAUAUCUCUGACCGCUCUUUGGUCGUUGUACCGUUGGAUAACCGAUUGUAGUGUCGCUGUCCAUGGUAUCUAGUAUCAAUAUAUAUAACCUUCUCAAGCAACAUGCAAUUAUCUCAAAAUCCUGCUACAGGAUAUAUGAAACGUAAGAUUAACGGGCCCCAGGAACCAAAAGUCAUAAUGCAUUCCCAAGAACUGUUUCAUCAUACUCAAUUGAUGCGUGUUUUUUAUUUAGUUUUCAAAUGUUUUUUUUUUUUUUAAUCAAGGCACCAAUAAUUUUGUCCCUGUUUCUACUGUAACAUGGGUAUGAAUCUUAACCUUAAUGGUUAUUUAUUUUCCAACACUCAUGUGGCGGACAAUUACUCCGCACUCAUUGAAGGAAUCUCCAGUUCAAAUGCUUUCCAUAAGUAAAGCUCUGGGGCUGCAUUUUGUUCUCUAUUAUUAUUCACUUUCAAAAAGAAAUAAUCAAAUCAGGAUCAGUGAUUAUUUUUCUAUAGCAGCACAGCUGCCUUUAUGUAUUUCUUAUAUACAGUAUAUGACUUAUUAUUGGGCUCUGCCUUGAUAGAACGAUGUAAGCGUAUCUGUAACUGCUGUAAAGAUAAGUGGAGUCUUCAGUAACAGUUUAUAUGACAUUUAUCUGGCUGCUCCACUAACCGAAUGCAAAGGGUACAUGCACUUUAAACGGACCAGUGUUUCAACCAUGAGAAUAUCACAUUUAUUUGAAAUCUUAUUUACUCACAUUCAAUUGAUUGUGACAAUUGAUUUAUCUCGAAGGAUUACUAACUGCUGAAACCCCCCUCCAGGUUUUAAUAAUGCAUUCUUGGAUAUUACUAUUUCAUUUAUUAAUAUACAAACAGUUCUUAAACAUUGACUUUUGGAGUCCACUCGAGUUCAUUUUUAGCACAAAUCAAAGUGACUGUAGUGUUUUAGUUUUUUUUUUACUGUUGUAUAACUAUUAAGAUACUACAGAAGUAUGUUAUUCACUUCUAUAGUGUAAAUAUAUACAUGUAAAGGCACACUCUAUGGACAAAAGUACUGGAAUAUUGGACCUUUCCAGCAAUAUGUGCUUCUUUUGAAAACUGUUACCACAAAUUUUUAAGGCACACAAUUAUUUAGCUUGACGAUGUGCACAAAUCCAUCCAAAUAAAGAUAUGGUUGGAGUGGAAGAUCUCCUGACACAUACCAAUAUUCAGUCAAAUAUCCACCAACUUUUGUCCAUAUAGUUUAUAUUGCACGCAUAUAUUUAUAUCAGUUUACGAGGUAGAAAAUGUUGCUCAUCAGAUUUUUUUUUUCCUUUAAAGUGCCAUAAGUGUGGUACAACAAAGCAAUGGCACUUAUGGGGCGAAUAUAAAGAAUGCAUCGUUUACUUGUGAACCAAUAAAAAAAUUGUGUUUCUAA